CGUGUCCCCAGCAAAGAGGCGAAGAACUUGCCGUGCACACCGAGUACUUGUGUCUGCCGGCUGUCCUGCCGCUUCUCCUCAGUAUUGUUGUUCUUGGUGCCGCCACUCCUUUUCUUUCUUAAUUUUUUAAAACAUUUUUCCUGGCUUUCCUUUUUCUUUCUUUAUUUAUUUUUUUAAGUUACUUUAAAAAAUUAUUUUCUUCCAUUUUUCCGCGGAGGGAGGGGUGGCUGCCUGGCUGGCUGGCGGGUCUGUUGCAAAAAGCGGGAGAGAAAAAAAAAAAAACAAAACAAAAAAGCCAAAAAGAAAAAGAAAGGGGGAAAAAAAAAAGCCAAACAAAACCAAACCAAAAACCAAACCAAACAAACAAACAAAAAAAACUUCACUCGGAUCUGAAAGUGGCAGGAAAGUGCCUGGCAAGUUGCAGGGAUGGAGCUACACAGCUUGCAGGAGGCGUUAAAAGUGGAAAUCCAAUGUCACCAGAACGGGGAUCUUAAGAAACAAAUCCAUGAAAGGCAAUCAAGAAUAGCAGCUCUUAAUGAGAAACAACCUUUGGCCUCUCUGCUGAGUCUACAUAUUAUCAUUGGCAGCAGUUUGCUGGAAAUGGACAUGUUUCCACACAGGCUACUCAACACACAACUGGAAAAAACUUUGGGAACGAUCACUGCAGUGCCCAUUAAGGUUCCUCAGGUCAGCUCCUUGCAGAGGUUGGCAGGACAAGGACCGGCAGUGCUACCUCAGGUUAGGCCAAAGACUCUGAUUCCAGACAGCCUCCCAAUCUCCCCGUGCAGAGACCAGCCUUCCAAGCAGCCUCCCACCUUCCAGAAGGCAACCAUAGUGAGCAUCAAAAACCCUAGCCCUGCCCUCCCGACUGCCAACAACACUGUCAGCCAUGUACAGACCCACAACAGCCAGUCACAAAGUGUCACUGAGCCUGCAGCCCUCUCGUCCCCUCUGAGUGGUGCUGGCGUGGCCUACGCCAUCAUUUCCACCUCCCCCAGCAAUGCAGCUCCGAUCAGCACCAGCGCCGCUGUCUCCGUGGUCAACGACAGCAUCAAAGUGCAGCCGCUUCUCAUCAGUGCCGACAGCAAGGUUAUCAUUAUUCAACCUCAAGUCCAAACCCAGACAGAAAGUAAAGUGGAGACAAAGAAACCUCCUGAAGACUCAGCUCAGGGAUUGCCUGCUACCAAAAAGAAAAAGGAGGAAAAUCCAGAGAAAAUUGCCUUCAUGGUAGCACUAGGACUGGUUACAACAGAACAUUUGGAAGAAAUCCAGAGCAAGCGUCAGGAAAGAAAGAGAAGAAGCACAGCAAAUCCAACCUACAGUGGACUCUUGGAAACAGAGCGGAAACGCCUUGCAUCGAAUUAUUUGAAUAACCCCUUGUUCCUUUCAACAAGAGCAAAUGAGGAUUCGUUCUGGAAGAAUGAGAUCCAUCAUGAUGAACACUGCACUGCUUGCAAGUGUGGAGUUAACUUGCAGCCCUGUGGCACAUGUCCCAGAGCAUAUCACCUCAACUGCUUGGACCCACCCCUCAAAACUGCACCCAAAGGGCUCUGGGUCUGCCCAAAGUGCCAACAGAAGGUGUUAAAGAAAGAUGACAAUGUGCCAUGGACUGGAACUCUGGCUAUUGUUCACUCCUACGUUACUCAUAAAACAGUCAAAGAAGAAGAGAAGCGAAAGUUAUUAAAGAGAAGCAGUGAGCUGAAGAGUGAGCAUAGACAGUUAGAAGAAAAAGAUCGACUUCUCAACAGUGCAGUGAAGAAAUGCUUAGAGCUAAAAACCAACCUGAUGGCCCAGCAGAAAGAGACUCAGUCAUCACUGGAACAUCUCAAAACCCUCAUUAGACUGAUACAAAAUGAGCAGAUGAUUCAGGUUACCAUGACAACCACCACCACCACCUCCCUGCUAUCCAUCCCCUGGAUCAAACCCUCUGCUGCCUCUGCUGCCAUGCACAAAGCCUUGCAACCAUCCCAGGGUAACAACUGACAGGAGUCGGCUGAGUGAGGUCUAAGGAAGGGGCGACAGGAAACUUUGUGCACGUGAGCAGAGGAGAGAUGAAACCGGAAUAAAUGACAGAAGGGGCAGUCUCAGUUUUGAUACACUGGCAGAGCAGUCAGCCCAGUUUGUAGGUCACUGUGGCAGCAGGUUCCCACAGAGUGGGUUGUGCUGCAGUUUCGUAUUUGCCAAGACCUU